AGUAGAGCUUCAACGGUGAAUAUUAGUGGUAGUGAAUUAGGAGGAAUUUUAUUCGAGUGCAUAAAACCUGAAAGCGGCAUUUCAUAAUAAUAUUAAAUUGUGCAAUAGAGGAAAUCGUGCUCAAUACUAAAAAUGGGUGGCGUGUACUGCGUUAAGUUUGUUACAUGUUUUUGUAAUUUACUUUUUUCUUUGACCGGUUUGCUGAUAUUAAUAGUCGGUGCUUUGGUGCAAUUGAAUUACUCGCACUACUCAAAUUUCGUUAGUAACCACGUUUGGACGGCACCGAUUAUUUUAAUGAUUAUUGGUGCCGUCGUUGCUUUCAUUUGUUUUCUGGGAUUUUGUGGAGCUAUCAAGGAAAACUCUUGCAUGAUUUUGACAUUUGCUGUAUUGGCAGUUAUCGUAUUCUUAUUCGAAAUUGGCAUAGGCAUAGCCGGUUAUGUGAAACACGCUAGCCUGCAGAAUAUCAUGGAGACACAAUUCAAUAUGACUAUGAAAGAGUAUAAUGAACGCAAGGAUUUCCGUGAUGCCUGGACUCUACUACAAACUGAGUUGGGCUGUUGUGGCACUUUCGGUCCCAGUGACUGGGAACAUAUAUCCGAAAACAAGACAUUACCAGCAUCUUGUUGUGAAGUUAUAAUACUCAAUGAAGCUGAAGAAUGCACCGCAGUACAUGCCAACAAGGAAGGAUGCCUACCAAAAUUAUUGGCAUUACUGGAUUCAAAAACCUUAAUAUUGGCGGGCGUAGUAUUGGGUGUGGCUGGAAUACAGUUGCUCACUAUCAUAUUUGCCUGUUGCCUUUAUGGUCAGUUUCGGAGUCGCUACCAGGCCGUUUAGCUUGCGUAGUGAAGAUCCUAUGAAUCGCAUUUAAAAUAUAUUGCUCAAGGAUUUUGAAUUAGUCGAAAAAUUAUUGUGAAAUCAUAAACGCUAAAAAUUUAUUUAUUUUCUG